AUGAAACCCACUUUCAAUAUCGAAGAACUUGCUCAAAAAGUAUUUACCGACAACUUUGGGAUCCUAGGCGAUGGGUGUAGGCACUGGAUGGAUUCCGGUGCGGAGCACCCAUCUUCCGCCACUAUAAGCCUUACCUCUGUUGGUCUCGCUGCACUCGCCGUUGUCCACAAAGAUCCCAAUAUGAUGGAUCUGGCGCGAAGAAAAUAUACCUUUGCUAUAAGGGUCCUUAAUAAAGCAAUUAUUGCCCAUCACGGCUCUGGGAUUGAACAAUCUAUCGCUGGAAGUUUCAUUUUGUCUAUCUUCGAGAUGAUAACCUGCGAUAACCAAUCCUCUUCACAUGCUUGGCAAAAGCAUGUCCACGGCGCUGCUGCAUUCUUGGGCUAUUUGUGUUCUGCCAAUGGUCUACCAGCCUCACCGGUGAAAGAAAUCAUAGAGAUCUGCUAUACCACAACACUGGCGUGUCUUAUUAGUGGCAAAACGGUUCCGCGCUUCUUACUGGAACUACCAAGUCACUUUGGAGCGCCAUCAAAUACCCUACAAGACGACGAGGAUCCCUUGUUAUCGGCAAUUAGACUCUUUGCUAUCAUGGGUACCUUGGUGAAUAUUCGUGACUUAGGCAAUCAGAGCUUUUUUACACCCAGCAAGCUAGUUGAACUGGCCGUACAAAGUGACCAAUCCCUCCAAAACUGGGCAACUUCACUUCCUGCAUCGUGGACUUAUCACGAGUUUCUCGAAGGACCGCAAUAUAUUUAUCAGGACGUUUGGUAUGCUCGAAUGUGGAACUACUAUCGUUUAGCCCGCAUUCUAGCCAACCGGAUAAUCAUCGACAAUUUUGACAUACUGUCACCCGCAAUGUUGGCAGGCGAUAAUUUCAAACUACAACAUGACCAGUCAUAUGAGGUCAUUUCCCUCCUGUUACAGGAGAUCUACACCAGCCUGCCUUUCAUGUUCAAUUCGGAACGAAUACCUGCUACUUCUAUACCGCUCUCGGCAGCCCUUUUCUUUACAACCACUCUGUUGCAGUCUUUGUUGGAACUCACAGAUAGAGCUGCUCUCAUUCAGAACUGGUCAUCUCCAGCUUCUGAGGUCCUAGGGGAAAGAUUUAGUUUUACGAAGGCCAUCGUGAUGCAAAAUCUUCACUAG